CGAGACAUCAUGCUGUGCUCGCAACCAAUUCCCUGUCAGACGUGCUCAUCCUGCGCUGCGAGUGCUGCAAGGUCUGCACCUCGUGCUAUCGCCAUCGCGCCACGCAACUACAACAACCAAUGGUUCACACGUAGCCGUCAGCAGCGUAUCAAGGCAUACCAAACGGAAACACGACUGCAGGUCCCAGCGAUGCACGCGAUGAGUGAUGAAGCAGCCCUUGCCACAUUCAACGAGCUCCGGCGACUACAGCGCACCAAGAAGGUCACAGCGCGACCAAUGCCUACACGAUGCCAAGAGCUGAGGAAGCCGAAUUCGACACCCUUCCGACUGCUCGACCUGCCCGCUGAAAUGCGUGUUCGCAUCUGGGAGGAUGCUCUCCAAGAGCCGUUCGUUCUUCGUCUUCGAAGCUUUGCCACACCUGCGCUCGCUCGAACGUCUCGUCAACUACGGCAAGAGUGCUUGCCAAUCUGGUUUGCUACCAAUACUUUCGUGGCUGAAGUCAAAUCCACCCUGCUGGGUAUAUCCGUAUGUGCUUCGCAUGGCCCCAAAGCAGAGUAUAUUGCAGAAAGAGAUACCCGCUUCCAUCGCCUCGGCUCGCUGGACUUGAGUCCUAUCGUGAAUAGCUUGCUUGCCACUUGUCCUCCCAGAGCGAUCCGACUCAAGAAUAUCGACUUCUGUAUGCUCGGUGCUGGGAGCCAUCAGGUCUGGCAAACCAGUGGUCGUUAUGCUGUGCUCUCUGUGAGAGAUGGUCGUCCCGUACGGGUCACUACGCACGUCGGGGGUGGCACCAGUCCCGAGUUCACUAAGCAUGUGCUGCAUGUGUUUAAGCAGGGCAAAGCGUUUCUCGAGCACCUGGUCGCAGACUCGGAAUUCGAAGGGCUUUAUAUGCUGCAGAUCAAAGAGGUUGCUGCGGCAUUCAGGACCGAGCCCUUGCCGUUGCCGGUGCCAGCGCCCGCGCCCGUUCUCCCUCCAACGCUUCCGACUCUGGGCAGUCUUGCUCCAGUGGCGCCGAGCACGAAGUCGCAAGCUCGCAACCUUGCUCGAGGAGCUGACGAGUCGCGGAUGUCUGGACAACUCUCGGCAAAGGCACGAGUGAUGGAUGAUGUCCACGACGAGUUCGAUCUACCCCAAGCGGAGACAUACUUCUCGUGAUGAUCUGCCGGCUUGUCUUGCGCCAGACCAACGGCGUUUGCAUCGUCUACUGCCAGUUUUACACUGAUAUCAUGUCACACUUGUGGGUUUAAUGAAUCAGCUCCACUCGCGAAGAUAUAUAGCGACACGGCACAGUAUAUGUCUCAUAUGAAGAU